UCCCUCCCAUCGAUCCACAGUUCUUGUGGGAACCCAAGGAUCCAUCCAGACAGAGACGUCCCGACCGAGGCAGCAAUCACUAAACAGCUCGCGCGAGCGACGACGCCUUCAGCUACCUGCCUGCUACUUCCAUCGGCCUCGUCCAGCAAGGAGCGCCAUUAGGUCCUGUAACUUGUCCAAGCGCGAGAAACCAUGGACCUCAGGGCGCUGUACAUGUACGCCGCCGUCCUAGCCCUGCUCCUCUGCUCCGCGGCGACCUUCAUCCAGAGCCCCACCGACGUGUUCGGCCCGGUGGCGCUCCUCGAGCCGACCCCGUCCUCGGCGCGCGACUUCGGCGCCGUCGUCUCCGACGCGCCCUUCGCGAUCCUUCGGCCGGGGUCCUCCGCCGACAUCGCGCUCCUCCUGGGCGCGCUGUCGUCCGCACCGCCGCGCCCGAGAGCGACCGUGGCUGCGCGCGGCGUGGGGCACUCGCUCCAGGGCCAGGCGCAGGCGCGCGACGGCAUUGUGGUGGAGACGCGUUCCCUGCCACGCAGCGUGGCGGUGGUCGUGGCGGCGCGGGCGGGCGGCGAGGCCACCGCGCGCGCGUACGCGGACGUGGGCGCCGGCGCUCUGUGGGUGGAGGUACUGGAGGAGUGCCUGAAGGCCGGCCUGGCGCCGCUGUCCUGGACGGACUACUUGUACCUCACCGUGGGCGGGACGCUGUCCAAUGCCGGCAUCAGCGGCCAGGCGUUCAAGCAUGGCCCGCAGAUCAGCAACGUCCUGCAGCUCCAAGUCGUCACAGGGAAUGGGGAGGUCGUGACAUGCUCACGCACCAAGAGCCCGGAUCUCUUCUUCGCAGUUCUUGGUGGUCUUGGCCAGUUCGGCAUCAUCACCAGGGCAAGGAUUCUACUCCAAGAAGCUCCUCCAAAGGUGCGAUGGGUGAGGGCCCUCUACGACAGCUUCGAAACAUUCACGAAGGACCAAGAGCUUCUGAUCUCAAUGCCGGAGCAGGUGGACUACGUGGAGGGGUUCAUGGUUCUGGAUGAGCACUCCAUCCACAGCUCAUCCAUUGCCUUCCCCGCUCGCAUCGAUUUCAGCCCAGACUUCGGCUCCAAUGGCAAGAGGAAGGUCUACUACUGCAUAGAGUUUGCAGUGCAUGACUUCGGCUCCAGUGUCGACAAUGUUGUGGAGCUGGUGGCAGGGAAGAUGAGCCACAUGAGGCCCCACAUGUACAGUGUGGAGGUGUCCUACUUCGACUUCCUGAACAGGGUGAGGAUGGAGGAGGAGAGCCUGAGGAGCCAGGGGCUCUGGGACGUGCCUCACCCCUGGCUCAACAUGUUCGUGCCCAAGCAUGGCGUCGCUCAGCUCAAGGACCUGCUCAUGGACACCGUCUUGGCAGGAUACUUCCAGGGGGCCAUCCUUGUCUACCCUCUCCUCACUGACAAGUGGGACAGGAACACGUCGGCGGUCAUCCCGUCGGCGCCGGACGGGGUGAUGUACAUCUUCAGCGUGCUCGGGUCGGCCGACCCGUCGCGGUGCGGCCGCGGCUGCGUCGAGGAGAUCCUGGAGCAGCACCGCCGGGUGGCCGACGAGGCGUGCCGGGUCGGCGGCGGCAUCGGCGCCAAGCAGUACCUUGCCCGGCAGCCCACGCAGGCGCAUUGGCGCAGCCAUUUCGGGCCCAGCUGGGACCGCUUCCUGGCCCGCAAGGCCCGGUACGACCCAGUGCGUGUGCUUGGGCCGGGCCAAGGCAUUUUUCCUUGGACGGAUUCCGCGAGCUCCAUGUGAUAGCUUGCACAACAUUAGGGCUCGUAGAUGUUAGUAGCUGAAACGAAAUUUUUCAGGAUGAUUAAUCGGUAGGUGUCUUCUUUUUAGGGAAAUUGAUAGUAGGUGUCUUUAGGGAAAGAGUUCGUUCUUUCUUUUUUUGUUGGGUUAAAUUUGUGAUGUGUUUAGCUUAGCUGGUAAGUUGGGACUCUCAGAUUAUUUGGCAAGAGCAGAGUAUCUCGUCUCACUCUAUCGUAUCAUUAUGCUCUGAGCUGGUCGUUAGUCAAGGCCCACGGAGAAUGGGACAUUUGUCUGAUUUGACAUGUCAUCACUGAAUAAAAUCUCCCUUUGAAAGUUA